AUGACCAGACUCUGGCACACUCCAUACUCCCUGUGCGACGCCCAGAAGGCCCAUUGGUUAGAGCACGGCUUUAUUAAAAUCCCAGGAUGUUUUUCCCGCGAAGCCGCUGCACAAUUCUCAUCCUCAGUCUGGACACGUCUGGGGAUUAACCCCAACGAUAAAUCUACCUGGCAUUCCGAAACCAUCCACAUGCCAGGAGAGAAAUAUAUCAGCAUCAAAGAAUUCGCUCCAAAGGCACAUUAUGCGAUAUGCGAGUUGGUGGGAGGUGAAGAUCGCCUAGUGGAUUGGUGCAAGAGCUGGUCGGACGCAUUUAUUCUGAACUUGGGCAGGGCAGAUUACAACCCGGCAGAUAAAUUAAAUCUACGACAGUUGGAGCAAUGGCACGUCGAUGGAGAUUUUUUCACUCACUUUUUGGAUUCUCCAGAGCAGGCUCUCCUGGUGGUACCGCUGUUCACUGAUAUUCCUGAGAAAGGUGGUGGCACGGCCAUAUGCACUGAUGGCAUUGGCGCGGUAGCGAAGCAUCUGUACGACCAUCCGGCAGGAACAGAUCCUUUCCUCGUUCCGCAGGGCGUAUCGAAUGAAGAAAGGGACAGAUAUGAGGAUAUAUACGAUGCCUGGAUCCGAGAUCCAAAUACCACGCGGGACAGCUCUUUCCAUGAACUAACCGGCAAAGCCGGUGAUGUCUACUUGUUACAUCCAUUCAUGGUCCAUUCCAUCUCCAAGAACCUGCUACGGAAUAUCCGGAUCAUCACGAAUCCCCCAGUGGCGUUGAAGGAACCUUUCAACUACAGAAGACGCGAUGGGAAGUUCAGUCUGGUUGAGCAGAAGACAUUGAAUUCUCUAGGGAGACCGGAGGGCUUACCGGAGUGGAGCAUUGCCGGGGAGAGAAAGCUGCUCAAGUAA